AUGACAGAAAGUUGCGGGCAGGAGCAGACAAGGUGGGAGCAGACAAGGUGGAUAACGACGGUCAUUAUGAGCACUGCUCUGCAGGAUCAUGAAAUUUCUACAGUUCUGCAGAGGCAACAACACCGAGUUCGAUUUUCAGAAUCAGUGGAAACUGGAUCUGUGAUUUUUCCUCUUUCUGGCAUUGCAUUUAUUCUGUCAGACACUCAAGACUUGCUCAGGACAGCGGAAGAAGAGUUUUCCAAAAGAAUUCAGAAGUUCAUAAACAUCCAUCGGAACAGCUUUUUGGUUUUGUCAGCUGCUCUUCAUGGACCAGAAGAAUGGAGUGCCAUGUUCAAGAUUCAGAGAAGAUUCCUGGGCAGCAAUUUACGUAUAAUACCAGUUCAUAAUCCUGCUGAAACUGUUAAAUUAAUGUUAACUAUGGCUAAGGUAACUUGCAAGCCACAAGUAGACGAUACUCGCUGCAAAAUAGAAAUGACAAAAGCCCAGAUAAUAGAAAAAAGUCCAGUUUGGAAGAUGCUUCAGGAGUACCAAUCGCACCAUAAUUAA